AUGCCUGCAUAUCACUCUAUCUUCUUGGAGGACCGGGAUGUUCCCGGAACUUCCCUAUCUUGCCCCUCCGUACUCGGACUCGUGGUCCCGCAUACACCUUGCCCGCACUUCCCCCCCAAUACUGCCGACAUCGAUGUUGCCCCAGACAAUGAGUCCUACGACUGCGUUGAUGAGAUUCUAUCGCUUUUCCGCGCCAACGUCUUGUUCCGAAACUUUGAGAUCAAUGGUCCAGCUGACCGAAUGCUCAUCUAUGGUACUCUCUUCGUCAGCGACUGCCUCGGGAAGGUGAAGCCAACAAUGAGUGCCCGUGAUGCGGAGAAGGCUUUGAUCAAUGCUGCGCUUGAAAGCUUCGCUAUUCCUGGUGAUGUGUCCUUCCCGCUUAACCAGGCCUUUGAGCCCCCACGCGACCGCCAAGAUGCGGAGAGUUUGCGAGCAUAUGUUUCCCAAGUACGACAAGAGAUUGCUGUACGGUUACACGCGAGAUUAUACCCCGGUGGAGUGGGCCCGUCGAAGUUCUGGUUGAGCUUCACCAAGCGAAAGUUCAUGGGGAAGAGCCUGUAG